AUGGCAACGGAAACAAAGCCGCUACGAGUCGUCAUUAUAGACCAUUACGACUCUUACACAAAUAACAUCAUCCAACUCUUACAAAACGCUUGGAGCGUGGCUGUCAUACGUUUCGAUGAAUUCACUUGGGAUGCAUUUAAAGACUCUGUGCUUCCUAAUUUGGAUGCUAUAAUUCUUUCACCGGGUCCGGGAAGCCCUGACAAGGAAUCGGAUUUCGGGUUUAACUCGAGACUGAUCAGAGAAGCUAACAUACCAAUACUGGGGAUAUGUUUGGGCCAUCAGGGGAUUGGUACGGCUUUUGGGGCAAAGAUAAUACAUGCACCAAACAUCAAGCAUGGCCAAGUGUGCAAAAUUCACCAUACCGGAACUGGGAUCUUUGAGGGUCUUCCAAAGGAGUUUGAAGGUGUAAGAUAUAACAGUCUUGUACUUCCGUUCAAUGGACUUCCCAAGGAACUAGAAUUGACGGCCUGGACUUUCGACGAAGGCAUACCCGUGGUGAUGGGUAUUAGGCAUACUAACCGCCCUAUAUAUGGAACUCAAUGGCACCCUGAGAGCGUAUGCUCUAAAUAUGGUCAGCAAAUCAUAGAUAACUUCCGGGACAAAGUGCUCCAAUUUUGGGAUAGCCAGCCUUCAGAUCUUAGCACUUUCCAUCAUACCUCGACUACCGGAUUAUUACCAGAUUCCAUUCUGAGCAAGAGUGCCAUUAUUAAGGAGGCCCAAGCUGCAUUUGAUCCGAAAAGUGAAGGUCCAUGUGUAACUUCGGCAGAUCGAGUACGUCCCUAUUAUAUACAGGGUACUAGCCUUGGAAAAGGGGUUACACCACAGGCUGUUUUUGAUACUAUAGUCCGAAAUUCGUCUUUGGAUGGCGAAGCUUGGUUAGAUAGUGCUAGGGUCCGUGAUGCACAUUCGAGAAACUCAUAUAUGGGGAUUGGUGCAUUUACGCUAUGCUACUGGUCAGAAACUGGAAAACUAUCUGUCUCUCAACAAGGAAAACAGGUCAUGUCAGAAAAACUUACAACUUCAUACUGGUCAUGGCUCGACCAGUUCCAGCGGUCCAUCAUUCAGCAAAAUGUUGAAUCGGUACAACCGGAUUUACUUGGAGAGGACACGCAAGCAGGGCAGCCAUUGCUUCAGGUUGGAUUGAUUGGCUACUUUGGUUAUGAGAUGAAACGGGAAUCUUUACCCGGCUACAAAUAUACAAGGUCAAUCGAGAAGGAAGGCUCUCACUCCGUUCCUAAUAGUCAACAUCUCUUUACCAACUUUGUUUUGAGGCUCGACAAUUAUACAAGUGAAUGGAUGGCGUUUGGCCUGAUUCGCCGCGGAGAAGAAGACCCAAUUGGAGAAUUUAUCAAUUCCCAUUCACCUAUUGGUCUUACCCGGGAUGAAUAUGAAUCUAUUCUUUCAAAUACCCGUGAACUAUUCGCCGCACCGCCCUCGCCGCCAUAUACCCUUCCAUUACCAUUACCCACUUUUGAAGCUAUUGACGAUGAGAAUUCAUACAGCCAGAAAAUCCGUGCUGCGCAGGAUGCUAUAAAGGAAGGUGAAACAUACGAAGUCACGUUGACUACGCGAUUUAGAGCGAAAUGUCUAGAGGUUGAUCCCUACUCGCUAUACCUAUCACUUCGCAGCCGCAAUCCAGCCCCGUACUCUGCAUACAUCCACUUCCCAGUUAGCGACACUACUAUACUUUCCUCAUCUCCUGAACGAUUUAUAUCUGUCGACGGAGAUGGCGUUGCUGAAAUGAAACCUAUCAAAGGUACUUUAGCAGUAAGUCCAGACAAAGAGGAAGAUGAACGGAGAAAGGUUCAACUUGCCACUGAUGUUAAGGAAUUGGCCGAAAACUUGAUGAUUGUUGACUUGAUUCGCUCCGAUUUGCAUAACAUUUCCCCAUCCAAGUCGAUACAGGUUCCAAAGUUACUUCAAGUUGAAAGCUAUGAGACCGUACAUCAGCUUGUGACCACCAUUCAAUCUCAUAUCGCCAAAAACGUUGGCGGUGUCAAAGUUGUGGAACGUUGUUUCCCACCCGGAUCCAUGACAGGCGCUCCAAAGCUUCGGUCCGUUAAGAUAAUUGAUGAGCUUGAGGGAGAACCGGAGCGUGGAAUAUAUUCCGGUUCCAUUGGUUAUAUGUGCGCCAGUGGGACAGUCGAUCAAUCAGUCGUCAUACGCACCAUAAUCAAAAACGGAGCAGACCUUGAGCUCGGUGCGGGAGGCGCUAUCACCUGGCUAAGUGAACCUGAUAAGGAGUGGGAUGAGGUCAUGGUAAAAGCGAAUGCUGUCGCCAAGGCACUCCCUCGGCAAGGCUAA